UGAGUUAUAAAUAGCAGUGCUGACCAGUGGUGGCCAAAGUGAAGCUUGUGAAGGAGCUGUUUCCUGAUUCAGAGUCUUACACAGAUGUCUAUCACAAAUACAACCUGCUCACUGACAAGACAGUGAUGGCCCAUGGGUGCUACCUCAGUGAUGAAGAGUUGGCUCUAUUCAGAGAGACAGGAGCAUCUUUGUCCCACUGUCCCAAUUCCAACUUUUCGUUGUGCAGUGGAGUGUUAAAUGUCCGCAAUGUCCUGAAGCACAAUGUGAAGUUGGGGCUGGGAACAGAUGUGGCUGGAGGCUAUUCUGCCUCUGUGCUCGAUGCCGUGAGGAGAACUCUGGAUGCAUCUAAAGUCUUGACCAUCCAGGACCCAGCACAUGACGUAACACUCAGUUUUGAGGAGGUGUUCAAACUAGCCACACUGGGAGGCAGCCAAGCCUUGUCCCUGAAUGACCAAACGGGGAACUUUGAAGUGGGCAAAGACUUUGAUGCCCUGAGGAUUAAUGUAGCUGCUGAGGAUGGGCCUAUUGACCUCAUCCAGCCUGAGAAACCAAAGAUUCUUUUGGAAAAAUUCUUGAAUUUGGGUGAUGAUCGUAACAUAGCGGAGGUGUUUGUAGCUGGCAAGAAGGUGGUGCCAUUCACCGAGCCAAAGGAAGAGUAAGCUGUUGCACCUUCGUACAGCUGUACCCUCGUACAGCCUAAAAUAUGUGUAAGAUACAGGAUGUCCAACACAGUAACUAUAAAAAAUGCCCCGUGUCUGCAAAACAGGUGAAAAAAAAGAACAGACACAGUAUUUCAUACAAUUCAGGACAGUUGAGCUAGAAUACAUGAGUCUUUUCCAUGAGUCUUUAAAUGUAAUUGCUGGGUUGUAAAAAGGAGAAUAAGGGACUUAUUAAGUGAACUUUGCACUUUUUCAGAUGAUUGUUGCCAGCCAGGUGUGUGUCAUUUCUGCCUGCUACUAAUGCAACAACACUCUCUGAUUAACAAAGCACUUUUUUUUGUCUUCCCUUUGUUCAUAUACACAUCAUACUUAUUAUUUCAACUUCUUUCUUAAACUUGUUUUAAUUAAAAAAAAAAAAAAAGCGGCACAAAUCCUGUUGAAGAUUUAAAUAUUCCUUUUCUAUUACUUGUUGGUUCAGUGUGACUUUUGUCCACAAAGUUUAGUGUUGGUGAAGUAAAGCUGCUCAGUGUGCCGCUGCAGUGCCUGAACUGAUUAUCUUCAGUGGUUGAUGGUUCCAAUUUUAAUGCUUGUGCAGCUAAAGCAUCCUUUGUGAUCCAAAGACUGGAACUGACUUGAGAAAAUACCAAAUGGCACAUGAUGCUACAACCCUAAUUCCCAAAAAACUUGGUACGCGGUGUAAAGUGUAAAUGAAAACAGAAUGCAAAGCCUUUCUUGUCUGGUAUAGGAUUCUAGCUGCUCGACAGUCCUGGGUCAUCUUUGUUCUAUUUUUUAUUUUAUGAUGUGCCAAAGAUUGAAAGGUCUGGACUGCACACAUGCCAGCACCCAGACUCUUCUACCAUGAAGCCAUGCUGUUGCA